UGUAACUCCAUCAGAAUUUUUUACGUCGUAUAUCGGAACACUGAUAAAUACUUGAGAGAAGCCGAUAAUUGGCUAGGUAGCUACAGUGCCAAUAUCUAACUUAGGUUAUACGGUGAAUGUGUUGCAAGCUUGAUGCAAAAACGUUAGUCAAUUUAGCUAAGUAGGUAGUUAUUUGUCUCACCAUGAACAAUGGGGAGACUGGCAAUGUACAUGCCAAAGUAGCUGCACUGAGAGAAAUAUGUAUCAAAGAAGUGAACGAACAGAUGCCAGUUCUUGAAAAGCAAGUUUGGGAUUUACCAGCUUCACUCAUAAAGGACAUCUUGCCUCAUUUGAACAUUUUUUAUCUGGAGAGAAUUGAGCCUGCUGCCAAAUGCAAAGGUGUGUCCACUGGCGUUAUCUGGGCUGCUUUAUGGAAAGAUCUGGUAAAAGCAUGGCAUUGCAGAUCCAAGACCACAAUCUCUACUGAUGAGUGGAGACAGAAAUGCCUUGAAAGGAUUUUUCACCUGGCCUUGUCUGGACACAUCCGAUUUGACAGACACUACCUUUCAAACCUUAGCUGCUCUUCCAUCCUCUCUCUGACAGCCAAACAUGUCCAGGUCCUUUCUAUCUUUGCGCCAGCCCGAGAGAUUUGUAAACUGGCUUCAGAUGAAUUGAGGCCGGUCUUGGCCACCUUGGAGAACAAUGUCAGAUGCAUUAAACUGAAGGACACCAGUGCCCUGUUUAAACCGGGCCACGCCAUCAUGUUGUACAUCUUCCAUCGCCUUCUUGACCACGGGUCCGUCAGGGACCUGGUCCUGACGAGGAGCCCCGACACUAGGCUUCUGACCUGGAUUCUGCAGAAGGACAGCAGAAAUCAGUGCAGCAUGCCACAGGCAGACACCAGACGCUACAAAACAACUUGCAUGCAUGGAGAAAGUGCUUCCAGUGUGCUACCUGAACGCGAAAUUUCAGGUGCUACGUUGAUCAGACGUGGCUCCAGGGCGAUGGACAAUGACGCAUGUUUGACUCCAUUCAAACGUCCGCGGUUGGAUGUAGGACAAAUGGCAGGAGCAGCUGAGACUAGCACUGGAUGCCUUCCUUCUCAGUCCUUUUCGUGGCAGCCUACCGACUCUGAGACUCGGUUUAUCCCAUUCAAUGCAUCCUGCAGUCUCAAUGGGGAAAUCUGUCCCGAAGGACAGAUCCAUUCCCUGGUCCUUGAAGUUUUCAAAGUCAGUAUCUCUAGAACAGUGUCACCCCUUCUGCCCUCCUGCGUGUGUCUGCGCUCGCUCCACUUACACAGCGAAUGGGCCAUUGAAGAAGCUGAUGUGUUGGGGCUGGUGGAUGCCCUUAAGCUGCUGUUUGAGAACCCUGCCUGCUCCCUCACUGACCUGAGUAUCGGCUCGGUGUUGUCCACUCUGCCAGUGUGUACGCUGCUGCUGCACCUGCUGACUGCGUGCCCAACCCUCAGGUCCCUCUCUUUGGAGGCCUCUCCUGUAUUCCACCAAGCAGAGGGUCAUGUGACUCCAGCACCUCAGCCUGCUGUAGACACUGGAUUUUCUCUCGAGAGGUUGUCCCUGAGAUUCCCCCAAGUAUGUGAAAACCUGGAGAACCUGACACUGGUGCUGAGACAUGCCUCAAGCCUGACAUCACUUCAUCUGAUAGGGAUUCAUAAUGGGGGCCACAAGCUUGGCACCCUGCUGCAGUCACUGCCAGAGUUGAAUCCAAACCUAAAAGCCCUGUCCCUGGAAGAUGUCAACUUGGCUAAUUGUCACAAUGAAGUCCUAAGUCUCCUGAACAACUCAAAGCUGGAAGAUGUGCACUUCAAAGACUGCAGACUCCUGGAGAAAUGUAAAGGGAGGGAGGACUUUCUCGACCCUUUUGUGACUGCGCUGAAGGGGCUCUCAUCCCUUCGCUCUCUCACUCUGUCCCAAAACCGCCUGGCCCAUGCUGUGAUUGUUCUGGGAGACUUGUUUUCAGGAGACUCUCCUUCCAAGAUACAGAAAUUGGACCUCAGCUCCAACUACAUUUUACCAGUGGGACUGCUGGAAUUUGGGAGGCUGUUGGAGGACAACCCUCCACCGCCUGGACUGACCAUAGAUCUGAGGUGCAACCCCCUUGACCGUGACCCCCAGGUCACAGAGCAAGCCCUGCUGAAGCUCCGCCCUCUCUGCCGUCUCUUUACAGACAACUGGAAUUCCAGGACUACUAUGGCUGACCACGUUAGCGUCAUGUGAACAGUGAUGUGGUCGUCCACGCCUUCACUAGAUCGCAACAGGAAAUGCACUGUGGAUUUCAUUUUUACAUGUAGAUAAAUUUUGAUGGGAACUGGCUGCCGAUGUAUUUGAAACUUCUUCUAAGUAAAUAGUAACUCCUUGCUGAUGUACGCCUUUGGAAUUGAACAUCUGUACCAAAUGAUCAACAAGACAGACAGUCGACACAAUAAAUACCUUAUUCACCAA